CCGGGCCCCGCCCCGCGGAGGCGGAAGUGGAGCCGCCCCCGGCCUGCCUGCGUGCCCGGGGAGCCUCAGCCCAGCGGAGCGCCUGGCUCCAUGGCCGCCUACUCCUACCGCCCGGGCCCCGGGGCCGGCCCGCCUGCAGGCGCGGCGCUGCCGGACCAGAGCUUCUUGUGGAACGUCUUCCAGAGGGUCGACAAGGACCGGAGCGGGGUCAUCUCGGACAGCGAGCUGCAGCAGGCGCUCUCCAACGGCACGUGGACUCCGUUUAACCCCGUGACUGUCCGGUCAAUCAUCUCCAUGUUUGACCGGGAGAACAAGGCCGGCGUGAACUUCACUGAGUUCACGGGCGUCUGGAAGUACAUCACAGAUUGGCAGAACGUCUUCCGCACCUAUGACAGGGACAACUCCGGGAUGAUCGACAGGAACGAGCUCAAGCAAGCGCUCUCAGGUUUUGGGUACCGGCUGUCCGACCAGUUUCACGACAUCCUCAUUCGAAAGUUUGACAGACAAGGACGGGGGCAGAUCGCCUUCGACGACUUCAUCCAGGGCUGCAUCGUCUUGCAGAGGCUGACCGAUAUAUUCCGGCGCUACGAUACGGAUCAGGACGGCUGGAUUCAGGUGUCCUAUGAGCAGUAUCUGUCCAUGGUCUUCAGCAUCGUAUAACGCUGGCCUUUGCAGAUCGCGGCGGGACUUGUGGAAGGAAGACUAAAAAUGCCAAAUCUCCCUUGAAGGAAACAGGACACAGAUGCAGCAAGAUACUGUUCUUCUUCCUUUAGAUUUUAUAUAAUUAACAUUUGGGGGCCCGACUGUACAUAUGUGGAUAAGCUGGGAAGGUUUUUGCAAAUGUAACCAUGGUUGUAAUCAUUAUUCACAUACAGACAUUUGAUUUGAGGCUGUUCAGCUGUGCCAUGAGGUAAGAUGCGAUAAUGUUUCAGGUAUUCUGCAUGCGAAAACUUCAUCACAGUCUUUUCCAGAUGGCUCCAGGUCUAUAGGGGAAAUACUGUCAUUAGCCAAUAGGAAUUUAAAACUAAUCCGGAAUUGCACAAAGGCUUUCAUGUGCCUUACAUUUUUGAGACGGGGUUUAUUGUAUUUGUUUGAAUAUGCAGCAUAAGCAAUAAAGCAGAUGCGCCCCUGUCCC